AUGAGCGACACCCGCGCGCCACCCUCUCACCUCCCGGCACCACCGCCCUCGCUCCUCUUGAAGAGUGACCUGCUCAAGCAUGGGGAUGCGUCAAACGAUGUCUCUCCCUCUCCUCGCUACCCACCCGGCCCGAGUUCCCUACCUGUACGACCAGUCUCGCCACAUCUUGACCCUGUAACCCAGGUCGCAGACGCAGUCGAGGACUCGAAUCUCCUCUGGGCUGCGCAGGACUCCUGUAGCAGCCGCAACAACGUGGACUGCCGACCAUCUGGGUCCGGGGACGGCGGCGUUCUGGCUGCACUCGUGGCUGAGGCGAGCUGCACUGAACCGAACACAUUUCCGGGGAUUGAAAGCUUGCCCCCCUCGCCGGCCAUCACCCCCUCGCGCGACCUUACAAGAGCCACACCCAUCCAGCACGCCUCGUACGGCGACGUUCUCGACCUCACCGUCUUCUCUGGGUCUUCUCGCGAGUCGUCCGUCGGCCCAAUCCUCGUCCAUCCUCAACCCAGGCACUGGAACACCACCCGUGAUCGCCCUGCGCCGUACGUGCGCCCGCCCAGCCCCGUUCCCAUGCCGAGCCUGCACAUGGUGAACGAGCUCGCGAGCGCCAUCUCCUACGUUCCCCCCGAGCACCGGACUGGUGAUCUCUGGGUCUGUGUGAGAUACCUGCGACACAUCGCCACUCUCGACCUGCGAGAGACCCAGGGACGGGGUGGAGGUCGAGCAGCGACCAAGGGCAAGAAGGGCAAGCGCAACGACAAGAACGGCCGUCGUGGGCGCCGUGAUGUGCAAGGUGGUCCUGAUCCUGGCCGUCACGGUCGAGGCCGCGGUCCCGCCAAUGACGAGCCCUACGACGAGGACCGCAGCCGGCGCAUGGUGGCAGACCGGCACCUCGACGAGUUCCUCGCAGCCACGAGGCGUCGCCACGAAGACGAGGUCAAGGCCGAGAAGCACCGCCAGCCGGCUGGCCUUCGCUGA